AUGACUGCUUCUAACAGCACGCUGACGAACCUCAAGUUGGAUAUUCUUGUCAACUGUGCCGGUGUAGGGUAUUUAUGCAAAACGUACGAUGCAGAGAAGAAGUCAACGCAUCCACUCGACACUUUCGAACAAAUCAUCAAAGUCAAUACCACCGGGACGUUCAACAUGAUUCGACUGGCUGCCGCAGCAAUGGCAGAGAACCAACCAGAUGAAGACAACCAACGUGGUGUCAUUAUAAACGCAGCUAGCAUUUCAGCUAGUGACGGGAUGGAAAAAUCUGCGGCGUAUUCGGCUAGCAAAGCUGCUGUGGUAGGAAUGACACUUCCAAUCGCACGAGAUUUGGCUGGCCUGGGCAUCCGCGUGGUAACUAUAGCACCAGGCGCGUUCAACACCCCUAUGUUUGCUAGUAUAUCUUCUGAGACCACUUCGUGCCCGUCCCCAUGCAAUCCCCGACGCACUGGCAAGCCGGAGGAGUUUGCUCAUCUGGUUGAAGCCGUGAUUCAAAACCACAUGCUGAAUGGUGUGGUGAUUCGUUUGGAUGCAGCUGCACGCUAA